CAGGUGAUAGAACUAUUUUCUGGCAAAGUCUAGUUGCCUUUUUCUGACAUGUCCGGUCUGGUCACAAGUGGAGAAAAGAUAUCAGGCUGUACCUGAUCCAGUGCUGUGCUUAGAGUGGAAAGGAUAUACGUCUUUAACUUGCUUCAUGUGUAUGUAGUACAGGUCCAGGGCUGAUGUAAGAAUGCACGGCAGUGAGACCAAGCAGUAGGAGGAUUUGGAGCUUGUGAAGUAUCGAUCGGUGAGGGGUGGGAAUGAGCAGAGAAGCAUUUCAAUUUGGCAUCCAUACAUGAUUCUGAUGCUGUCAGAGUGAAUUAGCAACACUUUCUUUUCCCUAUAACCCAUCCCAGGCUUUUGUCAUUGAAGCCUCCCUUUUGUUCAUAUCUCUCUGUUGAAAGACAAAGUGGAAAAAAACAAAAAAACAAAAAAACCAAAACAAACAAAAAGAAAACCAAAUAAACCAACACCCAGAUCUUGUGCUCCUAAAAAGUCUGGUUAUGUUAUGUUAGUAUCCUCUGAAUGGAGACUCAGUAAUACUGAGCCACUGCUGCUAAAGACCAUUACAACAUAAAUAUAGGGGAUUCAAGCUACAGUUAUCAUUUUGUACAGUCACUUAGUCCACUAAUGCAGAGAAACAGGGCAACAGUUUAAGAAGGCAAGAGGACUGUCAGAAAUUAUUAAAUCUACAGGGAUGAUUUGUUUUGGUAGCCUCUCCUGACCCAAGUACACACUUUGGCAGCAGACUUAAUGCCUCUGGUAAUUAGAGCAAGAUGUGAUGGGUCAUCAUUAGCAACUGCAAAUUAAGUGGUGUAUUUCAUCUGGAAGGCAGCAUCAUCUUCAAUGGGGCUUAUUUGUUGCCACUGCAGAUCAUCUGUGAGUCACAAGCAGUACACUGGGCUAACUCAUUUCUGUGAUUUAGUAGAGGCUUUCUAAUGCAUGCUUACUGUUCCAUAUGAGAAGCUGUUCCAGAUAGCUUCAAAACAGAAAAUGCCACAAUAUUAGACUUUCUAGUACAGCUAAUACUAUUGUUCUUAUUGACAUGAUGUUCGUGAGUUUUUGUUGUUGUGCACUUCAUGGUUCAAAUGAUUUUUGACUGCAUGUUUGAAAUAUAUUUGUCAUCUCUAUAGAACUAAAGAGGAAGGAAGGAAAGCCAGACAAGCAUAAAAAUCAUCCGUAAUUGUCAGCUUCAGAAGAUACAAGAACCAAUCUAAUACCACUCAAGGUAUAUAUUCACCGAAUACUAUUGUGUGGGCUUCCCAGAACCACAAUCAUACCCAGUUCUGGAUGUUGCCAAAGGCCCAAACAGAGAUGAUCUAUCAUAGGAUCAAUAUAGUUGGAGAUCUUAGGAAAUCCUUAAAUACUCUUAGAAGCCUAUCAAUAAGCAAAUGAAGGGUACAGGUACAAAAGAGGUACAGAGGAAACUGGCCACAGUGAAUGCUUUUAGAAGGUCCUACAUGGGCACUGAAAUAAAACAAAGGGGGAGUGUGUACUACAGCUGAAUAAUUUCAAAAUAAUUUACAUAGAUCAGCAGGGAACUAUGAUUGAAGAUAUUGAAGCCUGGAUUGGAAAUGCAUGUGAACAGCUGGAUAAAUCAAUGGAUGCUCAUCAAGCAGAAACUAGGGGAUUGUCAGUGGUCAGCUAGCCACGUAUAAGUGAAGACCUCCUGAGGGUCAUCCUUAUGCCAUAUUCUUCUCUAUAGGGAGAGGGAGCUGGGGACGUCUAGACCCUCUUGGAAAAGUGCUUGCAAUGGAAAACAAUGAUAAACUUGAAGUGUUUUACUGUAUACAAGAAAAAAUGGCCAAACCCAUGCUUUUUGUGUGCCAGCACCUGUGACUCCAGACAGCUGUCACAAGGAGAGACCCUGUGCAAGAAAAUGAGACUGGCUCCUUGCUUCCUAAUACACAUCUGAUGUUCUGGAUAUUGAAGUAAUUUAUGGUACUGAGGUUGUUAAGGAAGUUAUCUUUGUGCAUACAACUCCUGAGGGGGCAUGAGGGAGUUAAUGUAUUAGUGACAUAUUUAUAGCCAAAUCUGACCAUUUGUAAAGCUCAUUUUUCUCCUUUGCACACUGUUUCAACUAAUUCCAUCUAACCCAGCCCUACAAGCCCUUUGUAGCCUACUUGUUUUGGAUCCUGUCUUUUGUCUGACCUUCCUAGCAGAGCUCUCACACCACUGGCCCCUCAGGUGAAAGACAUCCAGUAAGUCUUGAAGCUAGAAAUGAUGAGGUAGGAUUCCUGAAAACAGAGGGCUCCAUCUUUUCCAGUGUCCAGCUCUCAUGGAGGCAGGUUCGGGAGCCCUGGGCAACCUGGCCUAGUACCAGAUCUGGAGGCUGGUGCCCCUGCCCUGUGACAAGGGUGUUGGAACUUGUUAAUCUUUGGGAUCUUUUCCAAUCCAAGCCAUUCUGUGAUUCUAUAUGUCCUUUUUAAUAUUCCCUAAGUCUCUUGGCAAAAAAAAAGAAAGGCAGGUUUGGUGUCAGGGAGGCACGGAGAGAAGUUUUUGAUUUGUAGAUUCUGGGAGAUUGGAUGUCCUCAGGUAUAGGUUCUCCAUUAACGUACUUAGCAUUCAGCUCUUAAUAAGAAAAUGGUGAUCACAAAAGAUACACAGCAACGAAAGAGCCUGCUCUGAGAUUCAGAGAUAGCACCCAGUGCCUACGGAUGUGCUGCUAUUUGCCAGCUGCUGUGGUGGUAAUGUCAGUCAAGGGAUGUCAAAGUUCAAUUUGCAGGGGAAAUAAAGAUUUUACUGGAAAGUAGAGUGUGCCUUCCUUAAUAAGGAAGCAGCAUUGGAUCUCAUCCAUGUACUCCAUCAUUCCUUUCCAUGUGCUGAUGUAACCCUUUUUUAUAAAAGCCAGCAACCCUCACUGGAUCAAUAAGUCCUGAUCAAUUGUUUUUCUCGCUGAAUUAUCCAUGCAGGGUUGUUAGCUGAGCUGCUGGCAGAAAGUGGGAGAGAGCAUUCUGCCUGUUUACUGUAAAGAAAGCAAAGCAAGCAACCAGGAGGGGACGGGCAGCAGGAUAUUUACUGUCAAUACAGCUGGAGAGAGAGAGGAGAUAUAAGGAGAGAGGAACCGAGGCUGAAGCCUGCAACCCAAAUGAAUGAUCAGAGUGUAAAAAUACCCACACCGUUUCCGAUGGAAAAUGGGUGGAUUGAAGUCAACAAAGGAUAACUGGCAGUGUUUGACAAAUGGUUUAGUGAAGGGUUAGAGAGGCAAGGAAGUACUUGUGGUGCACAGAAUGAUAACGCUGUGCAUGAACCUACUGGGUCUGCAGUGCAACCUGAAAGGAUCUGCUGAGACAAAGCAGUAACUGAGAUAUUUAUGCAGGCGAACAAGUGAAGAGUGAAUUCACACUUUAGAGAACAGUGACGACCAUCUUGCCAUGAAACCAUUCACAGAUGAAGAUGUAGAAAUCUACAUCCAGAGCAAGGUGGAGCCACGCCAUUAUCUGGUCUCCAAAACAGUGGAGGAGGUACAGAAAAUCAUCCAGCAACUGACCACAGAAAUCAGCUAUAAGGCCACACGAUUCCAAGCUAUCUCCAACUCUGGCAUUCACAAUGAGAAUAUUAAGGUCUUAGCACCAAGCCAAUUCCUCAUCACUGUCCCUCUACGUGGCCUGACUGGGUACAGGGAAAGCCAGGUCCGACACUGGCGUUAUUACACUGUGCAUGGAGCCAAGCUACUCUCCUCUGUGCGGGACCCUGAGGAGCUGCAUCAAUGGCUUGAGGUGGAACAGUUCUCAAAAAGCCUUCAGCAGUGGCACGAAACGGAUGUGAACAUUGAAGGUGAUCUGGUUCCAGCCAAAGUCCUUAUCGUCUUCCGAGAGCUGGUGGAAAAGUCAAUUGUUUCCUGUAACCUCUCCAAUAAAGUGACGGUGCUGGAGAGCUUCAGCUCAGUGGUUCGAGUGGCUGUGGAAACAUCAGAAUUCCAGGUUGAGGUAGAGCUGGCUCCUACAGUGGAGAUUCCAACUUGCUGGCCUGAGAAAGCCCGGUGGCCUCGUUGCCUCAAGCGUUGGCCAUCACAGGAAAAAGUGCAGUGCAUCAAGUCGCUUGGUUUUGACCUCUUGGCCCGCUCCAAUUAUCACUGGCAGCUGUGCUUCUCCCGUGCUGAGCAUAUACUCAUGGAAGGCCUCGAUGAAGAUGGUGGUUGUCGCAUGAAAUGCUUUAGAGUCAUGAGGCAGAUGAAGGAGGACGUCUGGUGUGUUGGAAAUAAGCCCGUCAUCACAGCUUAUCAUCUUCAGACAGUGCUAUUCUGGACGUGUGAAAAAUACCCACGCACCAAGGAUUGGCGCUGCUUUCAUGAAGCCUUCCUGAGGCUGGUGCAGAAGCUGCACAAGUGUGUGAGCCAGCACUUCCUCAAGCAUUACUUUGUCAAGAACACCAAUCUGCUCAAAUAUGCCAACACCAGUGACCUGGACGUGGUGGCCAGCAAGCUCGCUGUCUUCCUAGAGAACCCUGUCUUCUGCCUGGACUAAGGCCGAAGAAAGCUUCCUCACCU